CACUCUCACAAAUUUUCCAAUCUCUCAAACCCAACUUACAGAAAAAAAAAGACAAUGGACCUCUCAGAAAUUGCCAAAAAGCUUGGCCUCUCACAACCCAAACACCUUAUCCGCAAAGCCGCAGAGCUCCGCCGCCUAGCAGACGCCCAAUUUGAUUCCUCUAUCAUUGGUGUUGGGGAGAUCUGCAAGGCUAUAAUGUGCUUAGAGAUUGCUGCUUCUAGGAUGGAUGUGAUCUUUGAUCGACAAGCAGCGAUAAGGUUAAGUGGGAUGUCAGAGAGGGCUUAUAUUAGAUCCUUCAAUUCAAUGCAAAACGGCAUUGGAGUCAAGAACAAUGUUGAUGUUAGAGAAUUGGCAGUCCAAUUCGGAUGUGUAAGGCUCAUUCCAUUUGUACACAAAGGCUUGUCUUUAUACAAGGAUCGAUUUCUUUCUUCCUUGCCCCCAUCUCGUAGGGGCACUGCUGAUUUCACUCGCCCUGUAUUCACUGCUGUUGCAUUCUACCUUUGCGCGAAAAAAUACAAGCUGAACGUAGAUAAGAUAAAGUUGAUUGAAAUCUGUGGCACCUCAGAAUCUGAAUUUUCAAGUGUAUCCAUCUCCAUGAGGGACCUAUGCUUCGACGAGUUUGGCGUGUCAAAGGAGAAAAAGGAUCCUAGGGAAAUAAAAGGAAACCGAGCACUGCUGGAUGCAUUGCCUGAAAAGAGGACGGUGGAGGAUGGUGGUUAUUUAUCUGAUGAUGGUGGGGAGCCUUCUGCCUAUAAAAAGCGUAAGCGAAAGGACAGACACGAUUAUGAAGAGUGGAAAUCUACAGUUCUGGGUUGUAAUGGUCGCACCAAGGCCAAAGCCCCUGCUAGGAGCGCAAAACAAGCCAAGCUCAACUUUUUCAAGAAGGCUGUUGAAACACAGGUGUAAGCUACAUGAGGCACAUUCUUCCUCCUUUCGGCUUUUGUUGAUGAGCUUUCGGAUUCAUGUUAUCUCACGAGAGCCGAAUGACUAAUUCUUUUAUUUAUACUCUUAACUGGAGAUGCGCAUUGGUUCAUGCCGACUCCCAACCUCUUUUGUUGGUGCUGCCUUUUCCAUGGGUCGCAAAAUGAGCAACAUGCAUAGGAAGUGCCCAGUAGUAACUUAAAAACUGCUCUAGCGUCACAGAGAUCGCUGUGUGCUGUACGAAGCAGGAAAAAGUAUAUAUUUACUAAUGUACAUGGUUACCUA